AUGCAGUUCUUGGAGCUUCCCCGCGAACUGCGGGACAUGAUCUACACGGAGAUGCUUAUGCCAACUGAGCCCCUCCCCAGUGGUCAAGACACACAAACAGCGGCCAAUUGGUACCUGGUACGGCAGGCGCAUCAGCCUAGCGCGGACAGCAGUCGAUGUUUUUUGUCGUCGCGAGCGAUGCCGAGCACGUGCGCGAGUGUUUUGGCGAGCAAUCGCCAGAUCCAUCAAGAGAUGAUGCAGAUAGCCGGCAAGGCCCGGCAGGCGGGGCAGCUGGCUACGCGACUGGAUUGUCUGGUACAGAGCAACGCGCAUUACUUUACUUGGCUUGCUGUGCCAUUUGUUAGGCCGGCGGACGGGAGUGCGCGGAGAAUAGAGGAAGAGAGGGGGCAGAGCUGGACUAGCAAGAUCAUGGAAGGCUGGAGUUGGAUGGUCAGCUUUUUCAAUGCGUGGAUGGAGAGUGAUGUCAAGAGGGGAAGCAGCAGCACUAGACUCUUUUCUUUUACACGGUCCUACGCGGAUAUUGAGCGGCUGUGGGUGGAUGUUCGGCCGGUUGGAUCUACGAUAUCGAAUGGGUCAGGGUCAGCAGCAGCAGCAGCAGCAGCAACGCAUGGCGAAAUGACAAGCUGGGCUAUAUGUGCGGCUCUCAAGCACAUGUUUGACAACGGCCCGGAUAAGAUGCGCAGCAACCGGCGUAUAGACUGCGUGGACGAAGUCAUCCUGAACGUGGUUCCACGCGCACGCACGGCAUUGGGGAGUCAAUGGGGCGACGAAAGUGACGGGGAUACGCUGGUAAUAGCAGACUCUUCUUCCUCUUCUCCCUCUGAUGAGGCUGAGACGGAGCGCUUACGAAACGAACUGGUGGAUGUUUGGGACAAGAUCUGGGGUGCGACGGAUGGGAGAGAUAUGAGAGCAAGGCUGUACCGCACGCUGCUCGAGAGAAUCAAGCGCGUGCGGAUAUGCGUUGACGGAGUGACUUUUAGGACCAGAGGACUAGCGGUGGAGCUGGAGAGGGGGCGAGCAGAAAUGAGGAGGAUCCAGAUGCGAUAA